AUGAAAGACUUCGUAUCUACACCGCCGCCGCGGCCAGAAGCUGAAGGCCUUCCUCUUAUCCGUCGCCGGAACUCCAUCUCGGCCUCAGUUGAGGUGCUCCCCUCCAAUCUCAUCCUUCUCCAACACAACUCCGUCUCUUCCACCACCACCGCGACAACUAUUACCAACUCCACCUUCACCUCAUCUUCUUCAUCCUCGUCAUUUCCCUCCGAUGAUAUCGAGCUGUUAUCAAUCAAGCCCGCCUCCCAUAACUACACUUCACUAAAAGACCUUUUACCCUCAGUUGCAGUCAAUUCACCGAGGCCCAGCUCGUCCCAUCAAGCUCAGUUAGAGUCCGAUAUCUGCAUCCGCAAUCGCCUCGUGAAGCAGGCGGCCUGGGCUUAUCUCCAGCCAAUGUCCAUCUCCCCUGACUCUGCCGGAAACGGCUUUUUCCACCGCCUCUGGCCGCGCGUAGCCGCCUUCUUGGACUUCUUGAAUCGCCAAAUUAUCCGGGCCCUUGAUUGGAUCCUUAGGGCCACACACAUUCGGAGCUCCAGAUAA